AGACAGCCGCCGGCACCCACCGCUCCGUGGGACCUCGGCACAGAUAGCCAAGCAUGUCGGACUCUGAAGAGGUCGUUGAGGAAUACGAGCAGGAGCAGGAAGAGGAGUAUGUGGAAGAAGAAGAGGAAGAAUGGCUUGAGGAAGACAACGGUCAGGAGGAUCAGGUAGACGAGGAGGAAGAGGAGACAGAGGAAACCACGGCAGAAGAACAAGAAGAUGAAACAAAAGCACCAGGAGAAGGUGGUGAGGGGGACCGGGAGCAGGAGCCUGGGGAAGGUGAAUCAAAGCCCAAACCCAAGCCCUUCAUGCCCAACCUGGUGCCUCCCAAAAUCCCUGAUGGCGAGCGCCUGGAUUUCGAUGACAUCCACCGCAAGCGCAUGGAGAAGGACCUGAAUGAGCUGCAGGCCCUCAUCGAAGCCCAUUUUGAGAGCAGGAAGAAGGAGGAAGAGGAGCUCAUCUCUCUCAAGGACAGGAUUGAGCAGCGGAGGGCAGAGAGGGCAGAGCAGCAGCGCAUCCGCAGCGAGAGGGAGAAGGAGCGCCAGGCCCGCAUGGCUGAGGAGAGAGCUCGCAAAGAGGAAGAGGAGGCACGGAAGAAGGCUGAGGAAGAAGCUCGGAAAAAGAAAGCUUUCUCCAACAUGCUGCACUUCGGAGGCUACAUGCAGAAGUCGGAGAAGAAGGGUGGCAAGAAGCAAACGGAGCGGGAGAAGAAGAAAAAGAUCCUCAGCGAGCGGCGGAAGCCUCUGAACAUCGACCACCUCAGCGAAGACAAACUGAGGGACAAAGCCAAGGAGCUGUGGCAAACCAUCCGUGACCUGGAGGCUGAGAAAUUUGACUUGCAGGAGAAGUUCAAGCGGCAGAAGUACGAGAUCAACGUCCUUCGAAAUCGUGUCAGUGACCACCAGAAGGUCAAAGGGUCAAAGGCUGCACGUGGGAAGACCAUGGUGGGCGGCCGGUGGAAGUAGAUGGCUCUGAAGGCAAAGGCAGCAACCACUGGCAGGAACACUGAGAUGUGAGACCCAGUGGGGGCGCAGCGUCGGAUCCAUGAGGUUCACAGCUGGCAAUGGCAACGCUGCACUGCUUGCCCUGAUCUGGAGCUCUGAGCUCUGCUUUUCACCCCAUCAGAGCUCAGCGCUCUCUGCACAUGACAUUGGUGUACGCUCCCGUGCUGCACAAAUCCAUGGGUGAGAUUGCGGCACAGCGCAGCGCUGACGUUCCCCUACAAGCGGUGCUCUGCUGGUUUUGGAAGCGCCGCGAGCCCUUCAUCUGCACACGUAAAUAAAUAGAGUUGUGCCUUUGCAGAGCCAUAAAUCAAACCUUGGUAUCAUGACAAAGACAGAACGCUUUGAUCCAGGGCAGCGCUUUGAUCUCCUGCGAUGAGCCAGAUGUUGGUGAUUAUCUGUUGAAAUAGAGCGGUAAUUGUCACUUUUCAGGCAGUGUUGCAGUGCUGCACUGUCAGCCCGUUGGCUGUGGGCCAUGCCACACCUCAAAGUAAAGCAGGCAGAACGUGGAUAUUAAUUACAUUUUGCAGUUCUCAAAUACUGCCAGUUGCUUUGGAACAACGCAUUUUGGCAAGCGAGUGUUUCGCUCUGAGAUGUUUUCCACCCAGGACAUUACUAAUAAUUACAAACAGAACAAUGCUGGUAGGGAAUGAGAAGAAUUUUUGGGUGCUGGGUGAGAUGCCCAUGGGCCCUACUGGGAGGACAGGGGCUGACUGGCUGCACCAAGGGCUCCUGACCAACAGGGUUGGUGCAACAGUGUGAAGAUCUCAGCAUCACCUGAGUGUAGCAUCAUAGACCCAUAGGAUGGUUGGGUUGGAAGGGACCUUAAAAACCGUAGAACCAUAGAGUGGUUGGUUCGGGAGGGACCUUGAAGACCAUAAACACCAUAGGCCCAUAGAAUGGUUGGGUUGGAAGGGUCCUUAAAGAUCAUAAAGCCAUGCAAGCAUCCAAACAUCAUCAUUGCAAAGGAAGAGCAACCAAUUGGACCAAUUGGGAAUUGCUCGCAUUUCUUUGCAGCUGUGAAGUCCCAGUUGCAGCCCCUUGGGCUGUGGCAGCUCCUUGCACACAAACUGAUAAACCCAGAAGGAAGCAUUUCUCUUUUGGAAAAAGGAAAAAUGAUGCCAAUCUCCCAAAUGCCUCUGCCCAUGAAGCAGGUGAGGAGCAAGGAGAGCCGCUGCUGUCUGCUACGAGUCCCAUCUGUACAUGCAGCACAAACCCAACCCAGAUGUUUCAUGUAGAUGUGGGCUCUCGUGGGCACAAAGCUUCUCCAUGGAUUGUUUUUGC